AUGGCGCAUCUCAAUUUCCGCACUUUCGUCGAAGCCCUCAAGGCGGAUGGCGAUCUCGUCGAAAUUAACGAGCCAAUCGACCCCAAUCUUGAAGCUGCAGCUAUCACUCGCCGCGUGUGCGAAACCGACGACAAAGCGCCUCUCUUCAACAACCUCAUCGGUAACCAAAAUGGUCUUUUCCGCAUCCUCGGUGCACCGGCCUCUCUCCGUUCCUCGCCCAAAGAUCGCUAUGGCCGUCUUGCCCGCCAUUUGGCUUUACCACCCACCGCGUCGAUGCGCGAGAUCCUCGACAAAAUGUUGUCUGCAUCGGAACUGCCUCCCAUCGCCCCGCGCAUUGUCGAGUCUGGCCCCUGCAAGGAAAACGUUCUCCUCGACGGUGAAUUCGAUCUGACUUCUCUCCCUGUCCCCAUGAUCCAUCAACACGACGGUGGAAAGUAUAUCCAAACCUACGGUAUGCAUAUCGUUCAAUCGCCCGACGGCUCCUGGACCAACUGGUCCAUCGCGCGUGCAAUGGUUCACGACAAAAACCACCUCACUGGGCUCGUCAUUGAACCCCAGCAUAUCUGGCAGAUCCACCAAAUGUGGAAGAAGGAGGGUCGCGAUGUCCCCUGGGCUUUAGCUUUUGGUGUUCCCCCUGCCGCCAUCAUGGCGUCCAGCAUGCCCAUUCCAGACGGUGUGUCCGAGGCUGAAUAUGUCGGUGCCAUGUCGGGCGAGGCACUUGAAUUGGUCAAAUGCGACACGAAUAAUUUGCACGUUCCUGCAACGGCCGAAAUUGUGUUAGAGGGUACCCUUUCGAUCACUGAGAAGGCACCUGAAGGUCCUUUCGGCGAGAUGCACGGUUAUGUCUUCCCGGCCGACACCCAUCUCUGGCCCAAGUACAAGGUCGAUCGCAUCACAUACCGUAACAAUCCAAUUCUCCCCAUGUCCGCCUGUGGCCGUCUCACCGAUGAGACGCACACAAUGAUCGGAUCGCUCGCCGCAGCUGAAAUUCGCAAAAUCUGCCAGAAAGAGGGACUGCCCAUCACAGACGCAUUUGCACCCUUUGAGUCGCAGGUCACCUGGGUUGCCCUCCGCGUUGAUGGUGCGAAGCUUCGUGCGCUCAAGACUACCCCGAAGGAGUUCUCCAAGAGAGUUGGUGAUCUCGUUUUCAACUGCAAGCCGGGUUACACAAUUCACCGCCUGGUAUUGGUCGGUGAAGAUAUCGAUGUUUACAACGGGAAGGAUGUUAUGUGGGCCUUUUCGACGCGCUGCCGACCUAAUCUCGAUGAGACUUUCUUCGAGGAUGUGCGUGGAUUCCCUCUUGUUCCGUAUAUGAGCCAUGGCAACGGCUCCCCGGUUCAGGGUGGCAAGGUUGUUUCUGACGCGCUGAUGCCGACUGAGUAUACGACCGGUCGUGACUGGGUCCCAGCCGAUUUUGACCAUUCGUACCCGGAAGAAUUGAAGGAGAAAGUGAAGGCGAAGUGGGUCCAGAUGGGAUUUAGAGACUCGGAGUAG